UUUCAAGAUAAGUAAACCUAUUUAAUUUCAAUCAGUUGCCAGUAGAAGAACAAGUUCUUGCGAAAAUGGGAGAAAAUAUUCACAAGCAGUUGAAUGAUUAUCUCAAAAACGUUGACACUGUGGUUAGAGAUGCAUUGGAACGCUUUGAUACUCUGUAUUCAUCAUAUGGUGAAACUAAUUCGGAUUUUAUAAAUGAUAUCAAGGAAAUUACUAUCAAUAGUGUAAAUCAAGCAUGUAAGCGCUUCGAAAUUGAAUCAAAAUUGAAAAAAGCCAAGGAUUUUCCCAUGGGAUCAGCUACAACAUAUGCCAACACAUUGAAAAAUAAUGCAACCGAAUUAGAAAAUGGCCAUGGAAAUAUGGAACAUGAGAGAAAUGAAAUACAACAAGCACUGAGCGCAUCGUCAUCUCUAACUGAAAUAGAUGCUUUGGAUCCAAGCGAUGAGCUAAAAGGACAAAAAACUCUAUUGAACAGUCUCCAUAUAAGUGGUAUUCCAAUUGAUGCCAUAAAAACCGAAGAUGCCCAAAUUGCGGUGUUGCAGAAAAUGUGCAAAAAGGCGAAUGUUUCAUACAAUAAGGAUGUGGAUCAGUUUUACGUAAAAAAUAAUGCUUUAAUCGUGAAAUUCCAUCGAUUCGAAUCCAAAGACAAGAUUCGCAACUAUGCAGAAAAUAAAGACUUGUGGACAAACGAAUUGUUGGACUUGAAUAAAGGUCAGGAUCCAAGCAAAAUCAAGGUGUGUCACUACAUGACUCCAUUCUACUCGAAAAUGUGGUUUGCCGCGGAGAAAUUCAAAAAUCAGGGCCGUUUACACUCAUUCAAAUUGACCGAAAAAGGUUUAGUUGGUAAACGCAAGCAAACUAGCGAUGAAACGAUCUUUUUGUCCGAACAGGAACUUGUGCGCUUUAUAAGAAAUGAGAAAUAAUCAGAUACAAAUUUGUUAUUAUUCCAAAAGAGUUUUUGCUCAAUUUAUAGUCCAAGAAUGUUUCCCCUAUUUUUUUGUUUCUGUGGAAGCAAAUGCCUAUAUUUCUGGAAUUUAUAUGAAAAAUGAUAUUAUUAGAGUUAAAAAUACACACUAUCUUUCUAACAUCUUCUUGAUGUAGAAAAUCUAUGAGAAUUCUGGGCCACUUUGAACGCAUUUGAAUUAUUCAUUUAUGGACUGAAAACUGUUUUUUCAAGAACUUAGUCAUGGUGUCGGUAUUAGUGCAAAACAAAAUUCAUGUUAAAAUCAAUAUUAAAUAUAAAAUUUGAAUGUAUUUUGUA